AUGACCCCCGACCGCGACCGCGACCGCCGCGAGCUCGGCGGGCGAGAGAACCGGGGCGCGGGCGGCGCGGGCGGGUCGUUGAACGCGAAGACGAAGAUUUUGAACACGAAGAUGAAUUCGCGCGACCACCGCGGCCACGGCGGCGCCGCGCACCUGCUCCCGGAUUCGCUCACGAGCAGCCGAGGCGGGUCGCUCGACGACCUCGUCCACGCGCUCGGCGCGGUCGCGGCGUCGCGGCACGGGUCGCUCCACGGCGGGUCGAGGCCGGAGUCGCUCGACGGCGGCGAUCGCGACCGCGCGGACGGCGGCGGCGGCGACGGCGGGGGCGGCGGCGGCGCGACGACGACGACGACGACCGCGGCGGCGGACGCGGCGGUCGCGGCGGCGGCGUCGAACGCCGCCGCCGGCGUCCAGUCUGAAUUUCGAGAGCGCCUGUGGAGCUAUCUCCUCGGCAACGUCGUGCGCGCCGUCGACGAGGUGUACUUUCUGUGCGAGCUCGAGUGCGGCGGCGAAGAGAUCGACGCCGCGGUUCGGCUUCUCGAGGAGUCCGCGGAGGACUUCAACGCCCUGAAAGAGCGACUCACGGAGCAAGAGAUGUUCGCCGCGGACCCGGAGAGCAGGGCGAUCUCGUGGGACGUCGGACGAACCGACGUGCGGCCGAGCGCGCGGCACUACGAGAUGAUUCAGGAGAUCACGGGGAGGAGCGACGGCGGGCGGACGCCGGACCCGGGCGAGCGCGAGGGCGGCGGCGGCGGCGACGACGAGGACGGCGGCGGCGGAGAGUGGACGACCGCGGGCGCGCGCGGGCGAGCGGGGAAGAACGCGAACGGCAGUCACGGGAAGGCUGCCGCCGCCGCCGCCGCAAACGCCGCGGGACCCCGCGCGAUGAGCAAAAAGGAGAGGAAAAAAGCGCGCGCGGCGGAGCACAACGCGCACAGGUCUUCUUCGAACGUCGCGCCCAACCGGUCUUCGAGCGAUUCCGACCUCGAGAAGUCCGCCGCGAUCGCGUCUUCUAAGACGAGCGCGGGAGCGGCGACGACGAAGGCGAGCGCGGCGGCGAGCGCGGCGGCGAGCGGCGCGGCGGCGAAACCGCCCGGGAAACCGCCGCUUCCGCGCUCGCCGUCGUCGCCGGCGGAGCUGCCGGCGCGAACGAACGCGAACGCGACCCCGCCGCGCGUUUCAGCGGCGAAAGCGAACGCGUCGUGGGCGGACGAGUCCGACGACCUCCCGCCGGUGAUGGCGGACGCGUCCUUCGACGGCGGCGACGAGAAGGAGGAAGAGGCGGCGAAUGCGAAGAUGGAGAAGAAGGACCUUAAGAAGGACCUGAAGGACGAGGACGCGCCGCCGCCCGCCGCCGCGUGGGGCGAGAAGCGGAACUGGGGGAACAUCCUCGACCCGACGGGCGCGCAGGCUGCGCUCGCGGCGCGUCUCAUCAACCGCGGGAAGUCGCCCGCGGAGUUGCACCUCAAGCUCAUGUCCCCGGAUCGAAACAAGAAGAAGACGCCCAUGGAGACGGCGGCGGCGAUGCGCGAGAGGCACGAACGCGCCAAGGACCUCCGAAGACGCGUCGAGACGGAGCGCGCGGCGCGCAGAAAGUUCACCGCGCCGACGCCGCGCGAGAGGGAGGAGGAGGAGGAGCGGAGGAUCGCGCUCCGAGCGCUCGAGCUCGAGGCGCGGCAUCGCAGAGCGGAGGAAACGCGCGAGGAGCGCAUCAGCGCGGUUGUGCGAAAGGCGAGCGAGGAGACGCGAAAGGUUGAGGAGAUUGCGUUUUACAACUCGCUCGAGGUGGAGAACAAGAAGGCGGCGCUCAGGGAUAAGCUCACGUCCGCGGAGCUGAGACGCGCAGCGCAAGCGGAGGAGCGGCGCCGCGCCGCGGAGGCGGCGGAGACGGCGGCGCGCGCCGCGGAGGAACGCCGCGCCGCGGAGCAAGCCGCGAAGCGGUCGACGCUCGAGGAGAAAGUCCGAGAGAAGGAGCUCCGACGCGAGCGGGAGGCGGCGGAGCGCGAGGCUGCGGCCACAGCGCACGAGGAGCGGCGCGCGCGCGAGGCGGAGGACAAGGAGCGUUCGCGCGUCGCGAGGGAGCGCGAGGCGAAGAAGCGCGCGGAGGAGCGGUUGGACGAGAUGCGACGGCGGCUGUUCGCCGCCGAGCGACGGCGGCGGGAGUACCUCGACGUCGUCCGCGAGCGCGCGGUGAUCGGCUCCGCGGGGAAGGAUUCAACCCUGCGGCCCGCGACGUCGCCGCCGGCGUCGCCCGCGCGCGGCGGCGGCGGGUCGGGCGCGAUGAUGUCCCCGGGACGCGGCGGCGGCGGCGGCGCGCCCGAGUCGCCGUCGCGCGUCCGAGGCGGCGGCGGCGCGGGGGAGAGCGGCGGCGGUUUCCCCGGCGGGAUGGAGCGCGAGAUGGCGCGGGCGGCGGCCGCCGCGGAGCGGCACAAGGCGAUGCGCAAGCGCGCGAAGAAGCUCAGGCAGCGGCUCGCGAACGCGGCGGGGCCGCUGCGAUGGCCCACGGACGCGGAGAGGGAGAACGCGGCGGCGGCGACGGCGGAGGAUGAGACGUCGUCGGUCGCCGCCGCCGCCGCCGCCGCCGCCGCCGCCGACGACGACGUCGGGUACGCGCCGCUUCCGCCCGCGACGGACGCCGCGCGCCCGCGGCUCGAGCGCGUCGCGCUCGCCAUCUCCAAGCGCAAGCCCGAGUCGCUGUCGCACGCGCACCGCGACGUUAUGCAAGCGCUCGCCGAGGCUGGCGGCGACGCCGCGAGAGCGGGGGGCGGCGAAAACGCAUCCGGGGGGUCCGGAUCCGGGUCCGCGCGCGCCGCCGGCGCCGCCGCCGCGUCCGCCGCGCUCGCCGCCGCGGUCACCUCCGGUCUCGUCCGCGCGCUCGCGGAGGCGCUCGCGGAGUCGCUCAACUCCUCCGCGACCGGCGGCGGGUUCGCGGCGUCGCCCGCGGCGGCGGCGCAGUGCGUCAGCCUCGCGCGCGCGCUGGACGCGGCGACGGCGGCGUCGGCGACGGCGUGCGAGCACCUCCUCGCGGAGAACCUCGCGUCGCCGUUGGUGCCGCACCUCGUCGCGGGGCUCGGGUGGCUCGGCGAUCCCGCGAACGCGGAGUACGCGACGCCCGGGACGGGCGGGGGGAUCCCGCCGCCGACGUCGGCGUUGGAGCCGAUGAUGGCGGUGGUGGCGCGCGUCGUGCGGGGGCCGAAGGGGGUGAGCGUCGGCGGCGUCGGCGUCGGCGGCGGGGGCGGCGGGGGUUCGUCGUCGUCGUUCGAGGACGUGCUGUCGCCGAGGUCGCUCGCGCGCGCGAGCCCGACGAACGCCGCCGAGGACGUCGCCGCCGCCGUCGUCUCGUCUUCCGCCGCGUCGCACGACGGCGGCGUGGAGGCGAUCGGGUGCGAAGCCGCGGCGGCGCGCGAGAAGAUCACCGCGCCCGCGCCCGCGUCGGCGUCGGCGCGCGCGCAGUGCGCGCGCGUCGUGGCGAUGUCCGCGGACUUUGUCGAGCUCCUCGUGACGUCCGGCGCAGUCGACGCGAUCGCGUCGCUGUUCGCGCUGCACGACCGCCCGAAGGCGACGGUCGAGCCGGUGCCGCCCGGCAUUCUCGCCGGCCUGAGGCUCCUCGAGGCUCUGUUGGACGCGCGCGCGCCCGCGCCCGGCCGCGAGCUCGUCGGCGGCGUCGACCGCUAUAACGUCGCGGUGGAGCCGGAGACGAUAAAUCUUCGCGAGGGCGAGUCCCCGGCCGGGUCGCUGAUCGCCGCGCUGAAGGAGACCGCGCUGGGAGGGCUUCCGUCGCUGCUCACCUCGGUGCUGCUGCAGACGGAGGCGACGCUGCGGACGCCGGUGCUGCAAGACCCCGCGGCGGCGGCGCGCGAGCUGCCGUCGAAUUUCGUCCCCGUCGCCGCGGCGGCGGUGCGUCUGCUCAACGCGACCGCGCGGUUCGGCCCGGAGAUCGCGCAAGACGCGCUGUCGUCGCCGGACUUGAGAGUGGAGACGCAUCACUUGCUGUCGUUCAUAUUAGCCCUGUGCGCGAGCGAGUGGGACAGCGCGGUGGCGGCGAAGGCGCGCGCGGAUCGCGAGCGGAAAAACAACCCGGGCGGCGGCGCCGGGGAUAAAAACGACGACGCCUCGGAAUAUGGCGUCGCGAAAGACGGCCGUCGCGCGCGCCACGGCGGCAGCGACAACGCGGGCGCGACCGUGGAAGAGCUCGCGGAGCUUCUCGACCAGACCGUACUCUUCAUCGGCGCGUUCGCCCUCCUCUCGCCGUCCAACCAAGACAUGCUGUGUUGGGGCCGGGCGCCGACGUUGAUGCAACGGCUGCCGGAUCUGCCGUUCGAGUAUUACAGCGAUUCGCGGAAGAUCGCGGUGCUGUUCCCGACGCUCGUCGCCGUCGCGUUCGGGCACGGCACGAACCGCGCGCUGAUCGCGAAUGAGCUCAGCUUGGAGACGGUGCGCGGUUUCGCGGCGAGGGAGAUUGACGCGAGAGCGUCGGGCGCGUCGUCGUCGGCGGCGGCGGAGGGAUUGUGUCCCGCGUUUGGGUUCGCCGCGCGGUUUCCGCCCGCGCUGUGGCAGGACGCGGUGGAGUACUUCGGUCCGGACGGGGGUUGAGAGGAGGGAGGCAGGGAGGGAGGGAGGGGGGUAUGGUAUUACUGUGGGGUUACUGUGUUUUGUACGUAGACUGGACGGGCGGCGCGGCGCGUCGCGUCCGUCGCCAAAAAUCAAAACAAAAUCAACAUCGUACUUGAAA